GUUUAAUUUGUAUUGCUUCCAGUGUGCUUUAUUGGCAAGCGUUGGUGUUUCGAGUUUUGAAUGCAAAUCAAAUCUGAGGUAAUCAUCUGGACUCGUUCAACCACUGCGGUUUCGAAAUACGUCGACGCAACAACUUUGCCAAGAUAAGGAUUGUAGUGCGUGCCUUCGGCGACUUCUAGAUGACUGAGGUCCUCUCUGAUUCAAAGUAUUUAUCGCCAGAAGCGAUAUUCCAACGAACCUCCAGUGAACCCGAUAUAUUUGGUACGGCUAUAAGGCAAAGAACAUGCAGCAAUGCUUCACAGUUGCAAUACAAUAGAGCAAGGGAGCGAUCGAGGGCUUCGUUUACAAACGGAGAAAGAUCUCGUUCGCCAUCCCCAGUUGGUACUUUGAAUGGUAGUGAUUCUGAGGGUCAGAUGGUUGUCGAUGGAAGUACACUGAAUGAAAGUUUCAACAGUGAAGACUUUACCUUCAGGGAUCGUGCACCAACGUCACCAAGUCGUGAAGAGGUGAAGGCACAGGCUUUUGAACGACUUCAAGAGGAGCUUAAGAAAGCUCAAGAGGAGCUUAAGCUGAAAGAUGAAGAAUGUGAAAAACUAUCAAGAGUCAGAAAUCAAUUGGAAUCAGAGUUAGAAGAACUGACAGCAAGUCUGUUUCAGGAGGCUCAUGCCAUGGUUCGUGCUGCAAAUGUUAAAAGGGCUGCAGCAGAAAAGAGAUUCAAGGAAGCAAAUAACAAGGUUGAAGUUCUUCAAGCAGAAGUGUCUGCUCUUAAACAGUUAGUGUUAACCUCCACAUCAUCACAAAGUCACUCUAGAGGAAUGGGCUGGCGACGACACAGCAGUGAGCACCUAAGCCCAUGUCCAGAUUGUAACUCAUAUGAUUGUGAUGCUGCAGUGACAAUGAGGUUAGACGGAACAUGUUUGCGUGGGCCACAAAAUGGAAAUAAUUCCCCUUCAGAUGAAUCGGAGGAAGUGUGCGCUCACAGGAACGUCUCGAUUUUGUCUUCACCGUGUGAAGUUAUCAGAAAAAGGUGACUGGUAUAACCUCAGUCGCAACAGUAGAGUCAGGAUUGUAGCGGUGUGCGAUUUUUACACUUAUGUGCGUUACAUCCAGCAAGGACUUGUGAAGGCAGACGUAACGGAGAUAUACUGGGAAGUAAUGAGAUUGAGGAGUGAGAUGGCACUCGCGCGGUUAGGAAUGGAGGGCGCAGUCAAGGUUCAAAGAGGCAGCGGUCACUCGUAGCAACGCAUGCUCUCUGAUUGCAAUAACAUUUAGGAUCCGUAAGUUUUGUCAGGGCUUAGAACAAGGCAAACUUCUAUUUUUGUAUGAAAUUGACUUUGAAUACUGCUAUUGAGAGUUGCUUUUAAGAAUGAAUAUGGAAAUUUUUAUCAAUUGUCCUGUGAGAAUGGUUUUCGAAAGAUUUAAUAGAAUUUGUAAGACUUCAAUGUUUCAACUAUUGAAAUUCUUAAAGUAUUUAUGCUUGCAUUUUGUGUUAAUGUAAUUGAAUACGUCAUUUAAGGAGUUACAACGUGAGCAAAAUUCGUGUAGGGAUUUUUAUUCAUUUAAGCAAAGUUAUUAGAAUUUUAAAAUAUUUUUAAGUGCAGAAGUUGUGGUUUUUAUCGCCAAAUGACUGUGUUCGCUUUGGGAUAUUUCAUUUAGAAUCAAGUUAUUUAAACGUAUUCAUGUAGAAUCAGCGUGUAUUAUUAUUCUAGAGCGCUGUUAUUACAUAUAACUCCAUCACUGACAGAGAUUGUUGGACAAGAAUUCUAAGGAACUUUGAAAAGUAGGUUCUCAUGAUGGAGAGGUUUUUUUUAGAGUUGUUGUGCGAUUUUAAUUGGUGAUGAUCCAUUUGAGGUCAGGAAGUGAAUGUAUAUAAAUGACUCAACAAACAAUAUUCUUAAAAUAGUUUUUAUCAGUAGUUUCUAUUUUUCUAUGAGAGGCUCUUUCUCAUUUGUAUAGAAUUAAAUAGACUUUGAAUGGUCUAACAAAACGAAAUAAACAUUUAAGCCUGAGGUCAUAGUCAAUGUACCUGUUUAA